AUGGCUGAGGCUCAAGAUCCUUUCCCUUUCCCGUCUAAUCUUCAUGUUACCAGUUCAGUUACAAUUAAGCUUAAUGAUUCCAAUUAUCUACUCUGGAAAACCCAAUUCGAAUCUCUUCUCCGUAGCCAGAAGCUUCUUGGCUUUGUUACCGGUCAAACUCCACCUCCGCCGGCCACUGUUCUCAUCACAGUCAACAAUGAGCAAGUCCACCAACCUAAUCCGGUUUUUGAAGCUUGGCAAUGUACUGAUCAACUUAUUCUCUCAUGGCUGUUUGGUAUUCUAACAGAGGAAGUCUUAGGUUAUGUUCAUGUUUUAUCAACCUCUCACGAGGUCUGGAUGGCUCUUGCUGACAAUUUUAAUCUGUUUUUAGAGAGUUUGAUUUGCGUAGACGUCUACAUCAACUCUCUAUUAAAGCCAGUUGAUGAGUCGAUGAAGAUUUUUACUUUUCUGAACGGUUUGGGUCGUGAGUAUGAUCCGAUCUCCACUGUCAUCCAGAGUUCUAUGUCUCGUUUCCCACCACCGACGUUCAAUGAUGUCGUCUCUGAUGUCUCUGGUUUUGAUCACCGGCUUCAAUCUUAUGAUGUUUCAACGGACGUGUCGCCGCAUAUGGCUUUUCAAACACAACGCUUUGGACCUUCUCAACGAGGUCGUGGUGGUUCUUACUCUCGGUUUGGAAACAGUCGUGGUCGUGGUAGUGGUUUUUCAACCCGGGGUCGAGAGCAAGCAAAACCGGAGACAAAGGAUGUUGUUCCAACAAGAAAUGCAGUACCUUCAUCAUCAUCAUCAUCUCCAGACACUCAGCUGCAGACUGUGGUUUCUGAAGCCGACAUACAGAAAACUGCCUCUCCAAAACCGGAGACAAAAGAUGAUGUUCCAAAAAGAAAAGAAGUACCUUCAUCAUCAUCAUCAUCAUCUCCAGAUAGUCAGUUGCAGACUGUGGUUCCAAGAGUCGUCUAUAUACAGAAAGUUGCUUCUCUAAAUCCGGUGACACAACCAGUACAAUCCAUAUCCAGACCUGUGACUGGGAGAAAUCUGCUCUGGAAUCAAGCUGCUCCAGUGAAAAAACUUGUUUGGAAACCAGUAUCUGGUAGAUCACCUUCAUCAUGUCAAGCAUCAUCAUCUCGAGAUAUUCAGCUGCAAACUAUGGUUCCUAGAGACGAUAUACAGAAGACUGCUUCUCCAAAACUUGAGGCACAACAUGUACAAUCAAUGUCUAGACCUGUGAGUACUCCUAUAAUCCCUCGAGAGCAAGCUGCACCUCUAAUAUCUGUUGUUCAAACCUCGACACCGUCAUUUGCUCGUUCAAUGAGCUCAGCAGGCCGUUUAGGUUCACCACCACAUAGCCAAACUUACAUUCCUAAGUCCUAUGAACAUCCCAUAGUGGGUUCACCUGGUUUCAACCACUCAAGCUCUCAACCGAAGGCAACAAGCUCAUUGCCGCCUUAUUCACAUCCGCCUCCCAUCUCGGUAUCUAGUCAGUCUUGUUUCCCUAUCAACGUUAGCUCUUGGGAUCUUUCAUAUUGUGGGCUCUUGUGGACCGGUGGUUCGAGUUCAAACAGAGACACAACAACAACCAUCACCGGGAAUCAUCGAACGGACCUUUACAACACACCGGUAACUACCAGCACCCAGCCUACUAAUAAUGUUCAGUUUGGGAAAGCGGCAAAUCUUGGGAUCUCUGGCAGGUCAAAAAGUCAUAGUGAAGAAUCUAUGCCACAUUUUUCUUUUUAUUCGUAUUGGCAAAUGGAUGAGCUGGCACAAACGCAACGGCAGAUGGCGAACAUGGACAUGUCUUUACUGGCAAUGAGGAACCAAGACGAUUUCUCUUACUUUAGCUUUGGUUCAUCAUCAAACCCGGAGUUGCAUGGCCCCUUCAGGGCGGGGACAUGUCAAGUGAACCAGCUCAUGCGUGUGAUUGAGAAGAUGGUACGUAAUCGCAUUGUCUCCUUUCGCUACGUCGAGAAGCCUAACCUCCGGGAUCUUCUCCGUGGUUUAGAGCUCACGACUCUCUUUGGAUCAUCAAUUGGUUUGUGUUUGUCAGUUUAA